AUGCAAACUCUUCUGCUGCCGGCAGCUUGCUCCAGCGUCGCGCGGCCAGCUCCGCCGUGCAACCAGACGUUUUUAGGAGCCUUACCGAGAAAUCCCCUCCGCAAAUUUCUUCGCUUUGGCGUUGCCGGCGAUCCUCAUUCAUCUCCUUCCUCACUGAAAUUCGUCGAUGUUUUCUCCCGUCCGUACUACAUUUUAAGUAACCGCAGCGUUAAAACCCUAGCCUCGGACCCCAUUGCCUUUGGUUAUAGCUCUCCAAAUGAUGAGCCCGACAAAGCCAAGCUCGCUCAGGUUUCAAAGAGAUUAGAGAAAACGUCGAGGUAUUUCAAGAGGUUGGGAAGUUUUGGAUUUUGGGGGCAGCUAAUCUGCACGAUUGUAGCCGCUGUGAUCCUCUCGUUUUCUAAUCUUAUAAGCGGGAAGAUCACAUCGCCUGCUACCUUUUAUGCUACGGCUGGUGGCAUUGCAGCUGCAUUCAUUUCUGUCUUUUGGUCUUUCGGCUAUAUCCGGUUGUCAGAUAAACUCCGUAAAACAGCAAAUGAUCCUUCAAAGGCACCUCCUCGUGCGGAUGUCGUGAAGAGCCUGAAGAAUGGCAUAGUUGUAAAUCUAUUGGGAAUGGGUGCUGCUAUACUCGGUAUGCAAGCAACUGUGGGCUUGUUGGUGGCAAAAGCUCUCACAACUUCAGCCACUCCUUAUUAUCAGGGUAUCCCUCCUGGGAACACUCCUGUUCUUGCCUUGGAUGUGUUCUUGGUCCAGGCAUCUGCUAACACUAUACUUUCGCAUUUUCUGGGGCUCUUCUGCUCAUUGGAGCUAUUGCGUUCUGUCACGUUACCACCUACUGAACCUGUUCCCCUUCCUAAGCUUGCAUGA